GACAAUUGCGAGUGAGGCGAUAUAAGCGAGAACCUUGUUGCGCUUAUAAUUAUUAUGUGAAUGAAUUUUUUGUGUAUUCACAAGAUAAAAUGUCUGAUAAGAAGAACAAAUUAAAAAGAUCGAGGAUUUCUAGCGAGGAAUCUGAUAGUAGUUCUACAAGUUCUUCCGUAACUUCGUCAUCUGACGAUGAAACGGAUGCAAAGGAUUUAAAACCUAUCAAGGAAUAUAUGUCCAAUCGAAAAGAACUAGCAUCGCAACUUUUCAAAUCCGUGAAGACAGAAAAAAUUCGCAUGAUGUUGCCACAAAUUUUAAAGAAAGUUGAAUUUAGUGACCUAGAGGAAUUGUGCGCCAAUGAAUUGAUUGGUAUGUCCAGGUCAAGAAUUAUGUGUAUUAUAAAUGGUCAAGAAAUGUUACAAUCUUCUAACACAGAAGAGUCUGAUGAUUUAGGUCCCGCUCUUGAAAUUAUUUCCGAUACAGAAUGGCUAAGCGACGAAGAAAUAAAUAUAAAAGAAGGUGCAAAUUCAAAGAAUAAGAAUACAAAGAAAUUAAAGAAAAAAUGUCAAGAGCAAAAAAAACAAGAUCCUCAACCUCCCAAGUGUAAAGGAAAAGGAAAAUUAAGUGUCCAAAUAAAAACUGAAGUAAAGGAAAAAGAGAAACCGAAAGAAGGUGAAAGCCUCCUGGAUCUACUGGAGCUUGAAAUGAGAGCAAGAGCAAUUAGGGCUUUGAUACGUAAAGAAGAAGAUUCUUCAAGUUCAAAAAAUGCCCAAAUCAAUGAUUCUACAAAAUUAAUCUCGGAAUCUAAAACCUCCAAAAACAAAAGCACCAAAGCAACACAGGAAAAUCUUAAAGAACAACUUGAAAAAAUUGAUAAUUUAAUGAAUCAUGGGGAAGACGAGGAUGUUUUUGUAGUUAUUCAACCAGCUCCGACAAUAGAACUACUUUCAAGCGAAAGUGAAACUGACGAUCAUUCGGAGCGAGUGAAUCAAAAGUUAGUUAAUGAACGCACGUCCGGGAGUAAAAAAAUCAAAGAAGAUCUAUCUAUAAAAAGUAAAAAUAAAGACAAUAAUAAGAGCAGUGAAAAGACUAUAAAUAUAAGCAAAGAAAAAAAUGAUAGGAAAACUAAAAAUGAAAAUAGUAAAGAGAAUGAUAAUAGAAACGAAAAUUCCAAUUUAUUAAUAAUUAAAGCUGAUAAUAGUGCAACGAAUAAAACAAAUAAUUCAGGUAAAUUGUUAAAAACUAUAGAUCUUGAAGAAGGGGAAAUAAUUGAUGAUAAUGAUGAUAAAUCAGUUAAUGAGAAAACGACCGUUAUUACUGAGACUCCAUCUAAGAGAAAAAUUAAAAGAAUUAAAAAGAAUCCUUUCAUUCGCUUGAAGAAAAAGAUUAAAGAAAAUAACGAUGACAAUGCUAAAGAUAUUAAGAAUAAAGUUUCAGAUGAAUCAAAAUCUAAAAAUGAAACUAAUAUUAAGAGAAAAGAGAGUAGUGUAAAAAUGGAUUUAAUAGAAAUUGAAGAAUCUCCAAAAAAAGAAAAUGUAGAAACAACGCUUGAUCUAAGCGAUAACAAGUUAAAUAAUUCAAAAAUAGAUCCAUUUGAUGAUAAAUUAUUAGAUAUAGAUGAAGUAAUUAAUUUAGACGAUUAUCCCGAUGAUAUGGAUGAGUUGGAAAAAACUGAAGUUAAUAAUGAAAGAAAAGAAGCGAAUAAAGUAACAAUUUUGACCAAUAAAAGUACACAUAAAGAGUCAUCAAGUAAUAUACCUCCGCGUUCUGAAACUUGGACAACGCGAUAUUAUAAGCAAGACGACGUUCAAAAUGUAAUAAAAGAAUCUAAAAUUCAAUCUGAAAUACGCAAACGCUUAAGGGAGAGACAGAGACAGAGCAAAUUAAAUAAUCCAUUGAAAUUGAAAGAUCAAGAUGCAUCGCAACAGAAUUCAGAGCCACUGAUUCCCAAACCCACUGGUUCAGUAGAAGAAUAUCUUGCUCUAAAAGGACUUCCCAGUGAAACAAAUAACAGUACUUCUGAGGUAGCAAGAUCAUCAGAAUUACAUAAAGACAACAAUUCAUUAAUAAGCAGUAAUGAUGCCGUAAUUGCAAAAAAUUCUUUAACCAAAGGUGUAAUUGAAAAUAAAGCUAUCGAACAAUCAAUUGGAGCUAAGCAAAAAGUUCAACCGACUGGUGAUAUAGUUAUUGCGAAAACAAUUGAUUCAACAUUGAAUGAUAAUAUAGCUAUGGAACAGUUAAAUAAACAUAAAAAAAGUGACGAUUCUCUUCGGAAUAUCAAUGCUAUUUGUAAUAUAGUAUCAAAAAAAUCUUCAAGUGAAAAAUCAGGACAAAAUGAAUCGAAUAAUUUUAAGGAAAUUAUUUGUCCAUUGAGAAUUACUGAAAGUAAUUUGAUCAGCGAUUCAAGCGUUGACAAGACCUUUGCCAAAGUAGACAGCAUAGGUUUAAGUGAUAAAAAAUUAGCUAAGGACUUAAAUAAUAAAAAAAUUAAUGAAGAAAAAAUUGUGUCAAGUAAAUCUAAAACUUCUGAACUCAGACCGGAUUAA